AUGUCAGAACCUACUAUUACUAUAUCAGAGCAAGAAAAACCAUUUAAUGAAAUAUGUGCAGAGUAUACAAUUAACAGAAUGGAAGGAAUGAUGAAUGAAAUUGAUUUAAACAAAAUUGUUCAAAACCAAAAUUCAAUUCAUGAAAUGUUGGAAUCAAAUGCUACAUCAUUAACAUCAUUUAAUGAUCACAGUCAUAUAAAAUAUGAUGAAUUAUUAAAGAAACUUGAUUCACAUUCUAAAUGUCUUAAAGAAAUGAAAGUUGAUUUAGAAUAUAUUUUUAAAAAAUUAAGGUUAUUGAAGACUAAAGUAUCUACACAAUAUCCUGAAGCUUAUGCGGAA